GUUUCAGACAAACCAUUACAGGGAUGGAACUAAAAGAGGCUAUAAAAGAGACAUAUCAUUUGAGUUCUGUUUCACUGAGCUCUCUAACGGUUCAUCAAUGGCUGGAAGAGGUGUUUGAGAACAUACCAGUUGCUGCCACCCCAAAUGUCUCAACUCCCAUCCAUCUACGAGAAACUAUAGUUGGAUUGCAAAAUUUGUCAACUUCUUGUCACACUUUGGAAUAAUAUGGGAGAAAAGUAUUUUGUAACAUGGUCUUUUUUUAUUGCAAUAAUAUUCUCAACUGUUUUAUUCGCUAAAUAUCUACGACAUAAGGUAAAAAGAAUUGGUAGAGACAUUUCCAAAUUGCCACCUGGGAGAAGAGGUUGGCCAUUAUUUGGUGAUAGUUUUGGCUGGUACAGUGCCGUAGCAAGUUCUCAUCCACCUCGUUUUGUUGAAGACCAGGUUAAAAGGUUUGGAAGGAUAUUCUCAUGUAGCCUGUUUGGUAGAUUGGCUGUUGUCUCAGCUGAUCCAACCUUCAACCGCUUUAUAAUGCAAAAUGAAGGCAAAUUAUUCCAAUCAAGUUAUCCCAAGUCUUUUAGAGAUUUGGUUGGAAAAAAUGGGUUGAUCACUAUGCAAGGAGAGCAACAAAGGAAACUACAUGGGAUGGCUGUGAACAUGAUGAGGUUUGAGCGGCUCAAGUUUCAUUUCUUAAAGGACAUUCAGAUGGUUAUGCUUCAGACCUUGAAUUUCCAUGAUGGUCAAGUCAUUCUUCUUGAGGAUACUUGCAGAAAGGUGGCUAUUCAUCUGAUGGUUAAUCAACUACUGGGAGUAUCAAAUGAAUCAGAAAUAAAUGAGAUGGCCCAACUAUUCUCGGACUUUGCAGAUGGUUGUCUUUCAUUUCCCAUCAAAUUGCCUGGUUUUGCUUACGGCAAUGCAAUGCAGGCAAGGGAAAUUAUCAUUAAAAAGAUCAACAGGACAAUAGAGAAAAUCAGACAACAACCAACAUCAGAAGUUGGUAAUGGCAUGCUUGGGAGAAUACUGGAGGAAGAAAACCUACCAGACGAUGCUAUUGCGGACUUUAUUAUCAACUUACUAUUUGCUGGGAAUGAAACAACGGCAAAAACUAUGCUUUUUGCUGUAUAUUAUCUCACUCAAUCUCCCAUGGCACUGAAGCAGUUAAUGGAAGAACAUGAUAGCCUGCAAGGAACUUCUAAUGAAGACAUGCUUACUUGGGAAGAUUACAAAAAUAUGCCAUUCACUCAAUGCGUUAUUGAUGAGACACUUCGACUGGGUGGGAUUGCAAUAUGGCUGUUGAGAGAGGCAAAAGAAGAAAUUUCCUACCAAGAUUACAUCAUUCCAAAAGGGUGUUUUGUAGUUCCCUUUCUUUCAGCAGUUCACUUGGAUGAAAGCUUUUACGAGGAUUCUCUCAGGUUUGAUCCUUGGAGAUGGCUAGACCCUGAGAAUCAGGCAAAGAGAAACUGGAGAACCAGCCCUUUCUAUGCUCCCUUUGGAGGAGGUGCUCGCUUUUGUCCUGGAGCUGAAUUGGCUCGUCUUCAAAUUGCUCUCUUUCUCCAUUACUUUGUGACCAAAUACAGGUGGAGGCAACUGAAGGAGGAUCGUAUGUCUUUCUUUCCUUCAGCUCGGCUAGUGAAUGGCUUCCAAAUCUGCAUAGAUAUGCGGACAGAUGAGGUUGCAAUAAAAUGAAUGAUUUAUUCUUUCUGGUAUUUAUUUACUUUUUAUUUAAGGAUUUUAUUUGAUUUGUAUAGCAUUUGAAAUUUGUAAUGGGAAUUAUUUUGUUCAGUCUCUUAUUAUGUUUACUAUGAUUUGCUUUAGUGUUUGAAUCUUGUAUUUAUUAUGGUCUGUAUAGUCAUGAAAGU